GUCUCUGGGGACAUCCAGCAUUCCUUGGCUUCGCAUUCCGAGUUACAGUACCAACAUGGAGUCCACACUAUCCUUUCGUCGAGAUGGCGUGAUCCUCGUUUGUCUCCGUCUCUUCGGCUUCUCCUACUUUGCGCUCUUCCUCACCUCUUUCCUCAUCUUUCGAUAUCCGGCGCAGGCUGAUGCUAUCAGUCGUAAUCGAGGGGUUAUUUUCUACUGUGGAGGGGCGAUCUUGUGGUCUUUAUGCAGUCUAGUCUAUCGGUUGAUUUGCAUCAUCUACGGGAACGACACCAUAUCGCGGCAGAAGCUCGAGUUCGCCGGCACCCUCCUUCUGAUAUAUACCUCGGCCAUUCCGGUCGUGGUACUACCAAGCGCCAUCCAUAUCUAAGCCCGCUCGGUAUGCCUAUUGUGCCUGACCGUCGCGAUGGCCCAACGGAUGGCAGAGAUCAUCACCAUGGAUGGUCCCGACAGUGCCAGGGCUUUUCGACGUCUCUGUUUUUGGCUCAGAUUGCUGGCCUUGAUGCCGGCAACAUAUAUUUUGCUAUACCGCGCUGCUGGCUCAUCGUCGUUGGCCUUCGGGCUCGUACGACUCGCUGCUUAAACGUGCUCGGCGCUCUGUUGCAUCUGGCUGGUCUUCCGGAACGCUGCAGGUUGGUGGGUAGUUGGAGGCCCAGUCUGUGCCUGAUGCAUCUGAUGGUCAUCAUGAAUCAUGUGCUGUACAGACGAUGAUGAUGAUGAUGAUGAUGAUGAUGAUGAUGAAUUCAUACCCUGACCCCUCGCCGAAGCGAUAUGCAGGAUACCACUAUCUAAUCCUUAUCUAUGUCUAUGUACAUGGACCAUUGCUUUCAGCGAUUUUAGAGCCUCGUCACAGCCUGUGGUGGCCGAAUGCCUAGUGUUCUGUUCAGCGGCCCUGUGGCCCGCGGCUUUGAAACCUCUUCGAUGCCUCUGCGAAGUCUAGUAUUGCGCCUAGGACGCUACUAUCUUGCAUAUCAUCCUGCCUACCUUUCUUACCUUGUGAUCCGCCUCCCAGCAUUAAUGACAUAUUGUUAAAUGCAGUCCCAAUCUUCCUCCGUAGUUUUUUUCGUAGAUCUUUGAGUUUUGGGCAGUCUAUCAGUACAUGCGCUACUGUCUCUAUUGCUCCACAUUCGCACUUGUUAUCUUCCCU